CAAAGUAGAAUUCUAAAUAUUUAUUUUACAUUUCGUAACUCUUUUCUUGUAGUUUUUAUAUUUGGCACUUAUUUUAUAUCGCAAUAAAAAGUAUAAUAAGAUGAUUGCUAGAUUAUGGACAGAUGAUCUUCCAAAAUGCAGGAAUACAUGUGUUGCGUCAUGUUUUUCUAGAUUAGGUGGUAAUGUGAAUACAACUGAUGAUUAUUUGUGUUUUUACUGCCAGACAGAAGAAAACUCUUGCUUGUAUGGUGUGUUUGAACCCCACAAUGGAUUGGAUGCGGCUAAGUUUAUCAUGCAGCGCAUGGCAGUUGAAAUGUUAUUGCCCCCACCAUCUGCAAAUAACACAGACGAAGAAAUACGAGAUCGGUUGAGGAAUGCAUUUGUUUCUGUAGAGAAGGCAUAUAAUGAAAACUACGACGAGAUGAUAGCGGAGAGGACCAGUUUACAGUACCAUCUUCAGACAUUAAGUGAGGCUCAAAUGCUUCAAAACUCUAUUUUAACCCGACUUAAGGAGAUUGACAAGCACCUGUCAGGAGGUGCCACUGUGGUGAUAGCACUUGUCCAUAAUAAUAAACUAUUUGUCGCAAAUGUCGGCGAAACCAGAGCUCUUCUAUGUAGGACUGAUGAUAACUCAGUCUUGAGGGUGGUACAGUUAACAGUGGAUCACAGUUUAAACAAUGAAGAUGAAUUGUUAAGGCUCUCUCAUUUAGGAUUGGAUGUCAAUAAGCUGAGGAACGCACAAUACAUGGGCAACCAGACCGGCACUCGUUGCCUGGGAAAUUACCUGGUGAAAAGUUUGUACAAAGCCAUCCCAAGUUUGAGGGCCGCCGCUACGGAACCAGUGGUUGCCGCGCCAGAGAUACACGGCCCUAUUGUUCUAGAUGAGUCUUGCAGAUUUCUAGUACUAGUUAGUGCGGGAGUAUACAAACGCAUACAAGAAUCCCGCGGCAGCUUCGAGCAAACAAACAAACAACUGUCCCAAAUCAUUGUAGAACACUGCCGUAAGCAAACAGACUUCAAGAAAAUUAGCCAAUCAGUUCUAGAAGAGAUCGAAGAGGAAUUUGUGUCAUACUGUGUCAAAAAUAACCUAACACCAAAAGCUAACACCCAUAUGUCAUUACUAAUAAGAAAUUUUAACUUCCUACCAACAUACGAAGAAUUGAAUCCACCUAAAAACGCCGUACGUUUCAAUCCGAUUGUGCAAUCAAAAUCUAAUACUCUAAUAAACGAAAUUGAUUCCGAGACAUCGUUGCGAGAUGAAUAUUCGUCUAGCAACGAUGUGGAAAACGAAUCGAUUGUUGAUACUAAUCGAUCGUGCGAGUCGUCGUCUGAUGUUUGCGUUAACGAUCGACCUUAUGAUAAGGACAAAAGGAUAAAGGGAUAUGUCGAUUUCUCGUGUUAUUAUGAGAAUGUGGAUAAAGCACGACUUAAUGGGACUUUGCCUGCAUUUAUUGAAUAGCAAUUUUUGGAGUUAUUUUAGGAAGAGAGUAGAAAGUUCUAGUUGAAAAUGUGUGUUGUAUCACUCUGAAGGUUAUCUUUACCCAUUUAGAGGCUGAUUUCUCUUUUAUAUAUAAAGAUCCUAACGUUUAUAUAUAUUUCACCAUUGUUGUCUACCAUACUGUAACUGUAGUGCAAUUUAACAGAGAGAGAUAUGAAGAAAAUAACCAUGCCUUGUUUUUCUAGUUCCUGGGAUUACUAAUGUAAGACUAUUGACGAAAUUAUUAGUAUAAGAUUGUGUA